UGUCUCAUUAUAACAGCCAAUGCAGCCGCCAUCCACGCACAAGCAAAGAAGCAUGUCCCAUUUAAAUACACCCACGCAGCCCCAGCGCCCUUAGCUGCUCAGGGCGCACAGCCCACACGCACCGCGACUCCGGGCUUGGAGAUCCGCGCAGGCUGGGCUCCCGGAGCCGGCGGACUGACGCGCUGAGGAUCGCGAUCAGGCGCUGUGGGGCCGGGGUGGGCGGGGGAGGCUGGGCCCCGGGCCUCUGGCGCGACACCCGCAUGAGGACGCGAGUGAAAUAGACCGAGGUGGAAUUUUCAACGGGGAAUCUUCGGGGUGGUUUUGGUCCAUUUCUCCCGCGAAGAAGUCGACAUGGCGAGCGACUCUCCGGCUCGCAGCCUGGAUGAAAUCGAUCUCUCGGCUUUGAGGGACCCUGCAGGGAUCUUUGAAUUGGUGGAACUUGUUGGCAAUGGAACCUACGGACAAGUGUAUAAGGGUCGUCAUGUCAAAACGGGCCAACUUGCAGCCAUCAAGGUUAUGGAUGUCACAGGGGAUGAAGAGGAAGAAAUCAAACAAGAAAUUAACAUGUUGAAGAAAUAUUCUCAUCACCGGAAUAUUGCUACAUACUAUGGUGCUUUUAUCAAAAAGAACCCACCAGGCAUGGAUGACCAACUUUGGUUGGUGAUGGAGUUUUGUGGUGCUGGCUCUGUCACUGACCUGAUCAAGAACACGAAAGGUAACACGUUGAAGGAAGAGUGGAUUGCGUACAUCUGCAGGGAGAUCUUACGAGGGCUGAGUCACCUGCACCAGCAUAAAGUGAUUCAUCGAGAUAUUAAAGGGCAAAAUGUCUUGCUGACUGAAAAUGCAGAAGUUAAACUAGUGGACUUUGGAGUCAGUGCCCAGCUCGAUCGAACAGUGGGCAGGAGGAAUACCUUCAUCGGGACGCCCUACUGGAUGGCUCCAGAAGUUAUUGCCUGUGACGAAAACCCAGAUGCCACAUAUGAUUUCAAGAGUGACUUGUGGUCUUUGGGAAUCACCGCCAUCGAGAUGGCAGAAGGUGCUCCCCCUCUGUGUGACAUGCACCCCAUGAGAGCCCUCUUUCUCAUCCCCCGGAACCCAGCACCUCGGCUGAAGUCUAAGAAGUGGUCAAAAAAAUUCCAGUCCUUUAUUGAGAGCUGUUUGGUAAAGAAUCACAGCCAGCGACCAGCAACAGAACAACUGAUGAAGCAUCCAUUUAUACGAGACCAACCUAAUGAAAGACAGGUCCGCAUUCAGCUCAAGGACCAUAUUGACAGAACAAAGAAGAAACGAGGAGAGAAAGAUGAGACGGAGUAUGAGUACAGCGGGAGUGAGGAAGAAGAGGAGGAGAAUGACUCAGGAGAGCCCAGCUCCAUUCUGAACCUGCCCGGCGAGUCGACGCUGCGGCGGGACUUUCUGAGGCUCCAGCUGGCCAACAAGGAGCGGUCUGAGGCCCUGCGGCGGCAGCAGCUGGAGCAGCAGCAGCGGGAGAACGAGGAGCACAAGCGGCAGCUGCUGGCGGAGCGCCAGAAGCGCAUCGAGGAGCAGAAAGAGCAGCGCCGGCGGCUGGAGGAGCAACAAAGGCGAGAGAAGGAGUUGCGGAAGCAGCAGGAGAGGGAGCAGCGGCGGCACUACGAGGAACAGAUGCGCCGGGAGGAGGAGAGGAGACGCGCGGAGCACGAGCAGGAGUACAUCAGGCGACAGUUAGAGGAGGAGCAGAGACAGUUAGAGAUCUUGCAGCAGCAGCUACUGCAUGAACAAGCUCUACUUCUGGAAUAUAAGCGCAAACAGUUGGAAGAACAGAGACAAGCAGAAAGACUACAGAGACAGCUAAAGCAAGAGAGAGACUACCUGGUUUCCCUUCAGCAUCAGCGGCAGGAGCAGAGGCCUGUGGAGAAGAAGCCACUGUACCAUUACAAAGAAGGGAUGAGUCCUAGUGAGAAACCAGCGUGGGCCAAGGAGGUAGAAGAACGGUCAAGGCUCAACCGGCAGAGUUCACCUGCCAUGCCUCACAAGGUUGCCAACAGGAUAUCAGAUCCCAACCUGCCCCCGCGGUCGGAGUCCUUCAGCAUCAGUGGGGUUCAGCCUGCUCGGACACCCCCCAUGCUCAGACCAGUAGAUCCCCAGAUCCCACAUCUGGUAGCUGUGAAAUCCCAGGGACCUGCCUUGACCGCCUCCCAGUCGGUGCACGAGCAGCCCACGAAGGGCCUCUCUGGGUUUCAGGAGGCUCUGAACGUGAGCUCUCACCGUGUGGAGAUGCCGCGCCAGAACUCGGAUCCCACCUCUGAAAACCCGCCUCUCCCCACUCGCAUUGAGAAGUUUGACCGAAGCUCUUGGUUACGACAGGAAGAAGACAUUCCACCAAAGGUGCCUCAAAGAACAACUUCUAUAUCCCCAGCAUUAGCGAGAAAGAAUUCUCCUGGAAAUGGUAGUGCUCUGGGACCCAGACUAGGAUCUCAACCCAUAAGAGCAAGCAACCCUGACCUCCGGAGAACUGAGCCCAUCGUGGAGAGCCCCUUGCAGAGGACCAGCAGUGGCAGUUCCUCCAGCUCCAGCACCCCUAGCUCCCAGCCCAGCUCCCAAGGAGGCUCUCAACCUGGGUCACAAGCAGGAUCCAGUGAACGGACCAGGGUUCGAGCCAACAGUAAGUCGGAAGGAUCACCUGUGCUCCCCCAUGAGCCUUCCAAGGUGAAACCUGAAGAAUCCAGGGAAAUUACCCGACCUAGUCGACCGGCUAGCUAUAAGAAAGCUAUAGAUGAGGAUCUGACGGCAUUAGCCAAAGAAUUAAGAGAACUCCGGAUUGAAGAAACAAACCGCCCACUGAAGAAAGUGACGGAUUACUCCUCCUCGAGUGAGGAGUCGGAAAGCAGUGAUGAAGAGGAGGAAGAUGGAGAGAGCGAGACCCAGGACGGGACGGUGGCUGUCAGCGACAUACCCAGACUGAUACCCACAGGAGCCCCCGGGAGCGCUGAGCCGUACAAUGUGGGAAUGGUCGGCACGCACGGGCUGGAGACCUCUCACGCAGACACUUUCAGCAGCAGUAUUUCAAGAGAAGGGACCUUGAUGAUAAGAGAAAUGUCUGGAGAGAAGAAGCGAUCUGGCCAUAGUGACAGCAAUGGCUUCGCCGGCCACAUCAACCUCCCGGACCUGGUGCAGCAGAGCCAUUCCCCUGCGGGGACCCCCACUGAGGGCCUGGGGCGCGUCUCCACCCACCCCCAGGAGAUGGACACUGGGACUGAAUAUGGCAUGGGAAGCAGCACCAAAGCCUCCUUCACCCCCUUUGUGGACCCCAGAGUGUACCAGACGUCUCCCACUGAUGCAGAUGAAGAGGAUGAGGAAACAUCAGCUGCCGGAACCCAGAGGUAUCCAGGGGCCCUAGGAAAAGCUGCUCCUCAGAGAUCUCCAAACUCACCACACAUUUCUCAGAAGCAAUUUCUGGCUCUGUUUACUAGCGAACUUCUUAGGCAAGAACAGGCCAAACUAAAUGAAGCAAGAAAGAUUUCAGUGGUAAACGUAAACCCAACCAACAUUCGGCCUCAUAGCGACACACCAGAAAUCAGAAAAUACAAGAAGCGAUUCAACUCAGAAAUACUUUGUGCAGCUCUGUGGGGUGUAAACCUCCUGGUGGGAACUGAAAAUGGCCUGAUGCUUUUGGACCGAAGCGGGCAAGGCAAAGUUUAUAAUCUGAUCAACCGGAGGCGAUUUCAGCAGAUGGAUGUGCUAGAGGGACUGAAUGUCCUCGUGACGAUAUCAGGAAAGAAGAAUAAGCUACGAGUUUACUAUCUUUCAUGGUUAAGAAACAGAAUAUUACACAAUGACCCAGAAGUAGAAAAGAAACAAGGCUGGAUCACUGUUGGGGACUUGGAAGGCUGUAUACAUUACAAAGUUGUCAAGUAUGAAAGGAUCAAAUUCUUGGUGAUUGCCUUAAAGAAUGCUGUGGAGAUAUAUGCUUGGGCUCCUAAACCAUAUCAUAAGUUCAUGGCAUUUAAGUCUUUUGCAGAUCUCCAGCACAAGCCACUGCUUGUUGAUCUCACAGUAGAAGAAGGUCAAAGAUUAAAGGUUAUUUUUGGUUCACACACUGGUUUCCAUGUAAUUGAUGUUGAUUCAGGAAACUCUUAUGAUAUCUACAUACCAUCUCAUAUUCAGGGCAAUAUUACUCCUCAUGCCAUUGUCAUCUUGCCUAAAACAGAUGGAAUGGAAAUGCUUGUUUGCUAUGAGGAUGAGGGGGUGUAUGUAAACACCUACGGCCGGAUAACUAAGGAUGUGGUGCUCCAAUGGGGAGAAAUGCCCACGUCUGUGGCCUACAUUCAUUCCAAUCAGAUAAUGGGCUGGGGCGAGAAAGCUAUUGAGAUCCGGUCAGUGGAAACAGGACAUUUGGAUGGAGUAUUUAUGCAUAAGCGAGCUCAAAGGUUAAAGUUUCUAUGUGAAAGAAAUGAUAAGGUAUUUUUUGCAUCCGUGCGAUCUGGAGGAAGUAGCCAAGUGUUUUUCAUGACCCUCAACAGAAAUUCCAUGAUGAACUGGUAACAGAAGAGCACUUGGCACUUAUCUUCAUGGCGUUAUUUCUAAUUUAAAAGAACAUAACUCAUGUGGACUUAUGCCAGUCUAGAGGCAGAAUCAGAAGGCUUGGUUGACCAUACCACUUUACCCUUUUCCUCUCCCUCCACCCGUCCCAGUACAGUCCAUCUUUCAAUGUUGCAGCCUGGUUGAGAAGGAGAGAAAAAGGUGGCAGGAAUUUCCAGGAGAUCCCCAAGAAUGCUGCGUUGUCUGUGGACAAAGGUGGACCAUGUGCUCUUCGGAGUUAGGGAUAGAAACAAAUAUUGUGUGCUCCUAUGAUUAAGCUGUGUUCUGGUGGGUUUUUGAGUUUUAUUUUGUUUUGUUUUUUUACCUUUUUUCUUUACCCCUUUACUUUGUAAGAAUGGGGAAAGAAUGCAUACUGAGAAAAUGUCUGUUUUUAAUUCUGUCUGCCUGCUAGCUUUAAGUAUACAAUGUGUUGUAAAAUUUCCAAUUUCGAAUGGUGAGAGACAGCACAAUAAAUGUACCUUAUCUCUUUACACUGAAGGCCAUAACUACAUAGUGGGGUAAUUGUAGAACUCUUUUGCCUUCACGAACCCAAAAGGUUGCUUUUUGAUAGCAACUGCUAAUGGAUUUUUAAAAGAGAAGAAAAAUACUAGUUUUCCCCACUUUCGGGAAAUAGAUUUUAAAUGGCUAAACUACUAGCCUUAGACUAAUAAAAUCAACUACCAUUUUUGUGAGUCUGGCAGGCCCUAUUUUAUAUGGCCCUGUACAGAACAGAGUGUGUUGAAUGGGAUAGUAGUGCCAUUGAGUUGAGUUGGCUCUAGUGAAUGAGGGACUCUAUAAUACAACAUUGCCUCAGCGAUUAUGCAACAGAUCAGGGCAAAAGAUGGGAUGACAAGAGGGGGUCAGACAGAAAGAGCUUCUGGAAACAAGCUAAAAAUGUAUAUACACACACACACACACUUUUUUUUUUUUCCAAAUGCACAAAACUUCCCAGCUAAGAGGUCACUCUGUUCGGGCUUCGUUAGGAGUUAAGACUUUGUUCUUUCUGGGAAUUGGAGACUAAAUAAGAUCCAGGCUCUGGUCGUUCCCAGCUUUCUCCUGAGGGUGCCACUUUCCCAAGAUGAAAACUGUGACUGAAAAAAUAAUAAUAAUAAAUGUUUCUGAGCUGCCUGUGUUCUCUCUGGGUUGGUGAGAGAAGGGACUAGACUACUAAGCCUGCCUGAGACCCAGCAGGCAUCAUUGGUUCAGAUGUUAUAGAACUAGAAAGCAAGGCUUUGGCCAAAAUUCUGAGACCCUAAUCAUUUUACCUUCCUCCAAAUUACCCAACAUAUGGUAAACAACAUUUGUGCAGAAUUUGUAUGUAUUUCGUUCAGGUUGACUUGUGUCCUUAUAGACUCUUACACGGAUGAUUCGAACUUUUACGUGACUGUCUGGGAUUUUUUUUUUCCAAAGCUACCAGCAUGGCCGCCUGUGGUAUCAAGGUGUUGCAAAACGAUAUCUGUGUUGCGCUUCCUGUUUUAACCUACCUCGUUUUGUUUGUUUUGUUUCACUGUUCAUCACAGCAGUGUUAUCUCCAGGAGACAUAUAGAGAGCUCAACUGGCAAUCUCAGGUGCACUUGAUAUUUUAAAAUAAAACAGUAGUUGACCAAAUUGUUCUUCUUGAAAAAUUGGAAAAAAAAAAAAUCCAACAACAACAAAACUAAUGUGGCUUGUUUCUGGAGAAAACAAUGACUCUAAACAGAUCAAAAAAAAAAAAUCUAUGAUCCUACUGAUUUUGCCUAAAUACAUGAGCAGCUGAUGUGCUAUUAAUGAGAACGAAAUACACGUUAGGAAAAUGGCGCCAUUUCAAUCUGGUGGCUUGGGCAAGGGGGGAACAGGGAAGGGGAAAUAUUCUAGUUCUGUUAUAGAUGAUUCUGCCCCUCCUGUAAAGGUGGUUGUCAUUUGCAUUUAUUUUAAGCAGGUAACACAGGAAUGGAAUUGAGGAUUAUCUUCAGGCAAUCACCAAGAUGUCCUCAUCGUGGUCCCUUUAGUGCUCAAAAGCAAUGAUAUCCUCCCGUUCUCAUUUUUACUGCUAAGGUUCUGCUGCUGAACAAUAUUAUCUUCACAAAUUCCGUGCAACAAAUUCAGCAAUAACGUUGUGGAUUGAAUUUAGCAACUACUGUAAUUGGAUGCUGACAUGGACAAGAUAUAUUGAUUUGGGUCUCAUCCCCGCAUGUGAUUGCCACCAGCUCUUUAUAUUGCUGCUGUGGUAUUUUAAACCAGAAGCUUCUUUAAAUUAUGUUGCAAACUGAUCUUUGUUUUUAUGUUUUGUUUUGUUUUGAUUUCUAAGUGGUAAGUUCGAAACACACAGCUUUAAAUGAUUUUUUUAUUGUGGGAUUUGGGUACAGUUAAGAAAUAAAAGGGAAUCAUUGUGUUUAAACAUAAGGUAGUUUGUGAAUGUAUUUUUUAAAGCCUAGAUUCAUUGAAACAAAAAAUCAUAAGAGAACAAUAUUAAUGCAGUCUUGUUUACAGUAUGUACAGUGACAUAACAUAGAACAUGAGCUUUUCUGGUGCCAACAACAAUAAAACACAGACGUUAAACAUCAAGCCAUGCCUUUUAUAUUUUUGUACAAAUAUCUUACACAGAGUACAAGGCAAAACCAAAUUUAAAAAGGGCCCCCCACAAAGCUGUGCUCCUUAAAAGAUUUCUAAAGAAUUCUUUGAAGCUUUUAUCUCCAAAAAUACAUUUUCCUCCAUCAGGACUGGCCCUAGCCCUGAAAUACUGAGGCCUAGGUCAUGCAGAAUAUUUCAGAAUAACUAUUCUUGGGCCCGUAACAAUUCCCAACUUUUUGGUUUGCUUUAAUUCUUUAUUCUUUUUUUUGGGGGGGGGGCAGGGGUGAGGGGGUGGUUGUGCUUUUCAUCCCCCUUAAUAUCAUCUUAAAAAUAAAAUGAGCCAGUUCUAGAGAUAAAAUCCCCAGCAGGAAAAAAUAAAACUAAAAACUGAAACUAGUUUCAAGACCAAAGAAAUUUUUAUUAAGAUUUCUAUACAAAGAGAAACUGAGCCCUCUCUCCCUCAAAGUUAAGUUUCUCUAGAUCUCUUCUGUCCUUGCUACUCUCAAUUGAUAAUCAUGCAGUAAAAUCCACUGCAGCUGCUCACACCAUCGUCGUGGGCCGGGGUCUGUCAGGUGACUAUCAUUGCUGAGUGCUAGUCGGGGACGCUAGAGAAGAUUCCUCCAUGCAGUGGGUAAUGGGAACAGCGGACCUGUAAGAUCCCUUCAGAUGGGGAGAGUACUCUCUCUCCAUGCCAAUUACAUUCAGACCAUUGUCCUUGCACACAAUAUAAGUGAAGACAGCUUGCACCAAGUGCCACAUAAAAUCUAAUGACUCUAUUUAGAUAUCAUUUUUCUUGAAGACUUUCAAACAGUGCUUCAAGAAGGCUUAGAGCUACUGCAACGGUAUAGGUUAAGGCACAGAUGACAUCCCACAAGGCCACUCAAACAGGGACUCCAUUUUUCUAACACUUUGACACAGCUUUCUAAGACACGCUUCUUACAUAUGUUGCAUCAAGUACACAUUUUUUAAAAGCAUCUUAAUUCCUGGUUGUCAAGACCUACUAACAGUUUUCUGUCUGCUCUUGUGACUUAUUGGUAAUUGGUGUCUCUGGUCCCUCCUGUGCAGUAGAUUAGAAAGAGAUGUGAAAUUCAGGCCGGAGCCAUUUUGGUUUUGUCCAUUGCCAGACAAGAAGCGGCUGAAGUCUGACCUCACAUUCCAUGAAGUUUAAAAAAAAAAAAAAAAAAAUGUUUU